CAGCCGGGAGCUUGGAAGAAGCACGCAGGGGGCGGAGAGGGGAGGCAGCUUCGCUGGGCCCGGUGCCGCCGCCGCCGCCGCCGCUGCCGGGGGAGGGGGGGAUCCAGCCUGCCGCCGGGCUGUGAAACCAGGCGAGUCUGCCUCCCGCUUGCCGAUCCCCCGUCCCCCUUGCACUCCAGCAUCCCCGGGCACAUGGAACUGCUGUGCUGGGAGGGGGUGAUCCGGGCGAAGCGGGAUCCGCAGUUGUUAAGUGACCGGCGCGUCCUGCAGAAUCUGCUCAGGCAGGAAGAGCGCUACAGCCCCAACGUCUCGUAUUUCCAGUGCGUGCAGAAGGAAAUCCAGCCUUACAUGCGGAAGAUGUUGGCUUUCUGGAUGUUGGAGGUUUGUGAAGAACAGAAGUGCGAAGAGGAAGUUUUCCCCUUGGCCAUGAAUUAUGUGGAUCGCUACCUGUCUUGUGUCCCCACUCGCAAAAACCACUUGCAGCUUUUGGGUGCUGUCUGUAUGCUUCUGGCUUCCAAGCUGCGAGACACCAUGCCUCUGACUGUGAAGAAACUCUGCAUUUAUACAGACAAUUCUAUCACACAGUGCCAAGUUUUGGACUGGGAGGUUUUAGUCCUAGAAAAGCUAAAGUGGGACCUGUUGUCGGUGAUAGCAAAUGACUUCUUGGAUCAUAUUCUCCAGCGGCUCUCACUUCCCCAGAAUAAAGUGGACUUGGUGAAGAAACAUGCACAAACUUUUGUUGCAUUGUGUGCUACAGAUUACAGUUUUGCGAUGUAUCCACCAUCUAUGAUUGCCACAGGUAGUAUCGGUGCAGCAGUCCAUGGUCUCUCUGCUUCAUCUGAUUGUAUUUCUGGCGAGGAGCUUACAGAACUGCUUUCUAGCUGUACUGGCACGGAGGUGGACUGCCUGAAAGCUUGCCAGGAGCAGAUUGAGGCUGCCUUAGCAGAGAAUCUGAAGCAGCCGUCCCAGCAUCAACAGGAGUACCAUUCUGAUAAGAAUUCAGUUUACCAAGACAGCCAAGAAGUCAUCCUGACCAACACUCCUACAGAUGUCACAGACAUCAACCUGUGACCAACUCCUCCCAGCAAGCAGAUCUUCACAGAUGAGGCUUGAAACAUUUUGCACACGAUCAAGAAAUACAUGGGGAAAUGAGUACGUAUUCCCAAAUAAAAGUGGCAUUGUAGAGGGGUUUAGAUAAAUUAAGUGGGUCUCAAAAGGGAAUUGUCAUCUUGUGUCUAGGACUAUCUUAGGCUCAGGGGUGGUUUCUGUGAUGGGCAAGCCAUACCUAAGCUUAGAAGGGCUUCAUAUUAGUUUCAGAAGUUCAUCAGUUGGGUUUGCUUUGUUGGUGGGGUGCUGCUGAUCACUGCCAUUUUUGUCCCUGUAAUUGCUGUGUGCCUGUUUUAUGUACGUAAAGAAAACGCACUUUGUUAUUGUUAUGUUUGCCUUCCUUGAGGAAGUCUAACAUUCACUUCAUGCUUCCUUCCUCAUGCUGCCAUAAAUGGCUACUAUCAGGGACCAAACUGUCUAGGGGAGUGCUGGAAUAGUUUGCCUGCGUUAGUGCCACAGAAGUCUCAUUUUUCCUUUGCAGUUCAUUAGUAGCACAACAAGCCCUCCAACUGCUGUUUUCAGAGAAAAUUAGACAUUUGGGGCUUCUUUUUUUUGGUUUUUCUGUAGGUGCUCAUACAAAGUUGAUAGCCAUGUGAAAGCUUGCAGGUAGAAAUUUCCUCUGUACUGAGACCGGAAGUGAUUAGACUUUACUUGCUGCACAUAGUUGCAUUUAAUCACUUUUACAAGAUGCAGGAGUUGUUAUUUAUUGGACACUUUAGAAACCUGCUGAAUGAGGGUUGGGGACUUGUUAAAAUAGGUAGUCCUGGUCCAUCAUUUCUGAUCAUAUCAAAUACUGCCUAACGUCCUUCAUAAAUUCUGCUUCCAUAAUUAUUUUGGGUUUCUUACUUGGGAAUUAGUCAAUUCAAGAAUCUCUUAACAUUCAGACUAUAUCCAACAAGUGCUGCUAUAUGUGUAAGUAAAAAUUUCUAUGACUUCUCUCCCUCUCUAAUACACACCGAUAUUCACAAAUAAAAAUGAGUUACGUGCUACCAGGUGGGUGCAUGAUGGGAGCAAGAAGGCAAAAUGAGUAAUUUGCCUGCUGUUACAAGGGUUUUUUUACAGUUUACAAUGUUAUGAACUAGAGACUGCACUGGAGUUAAGAGCAAUAUUGUUGAGGAAAAAGGUGUUUUGUUUAAAUGCUGCUUUUAUAGUAUAUUACUUUAGGGAAGUAUUUCAUGAACUGCGAGUGUACUAUAGAGAUGGGAGCAAACGUUGCCUUUUGUAUUCUUGUGGUAUUUCACUCUAGCCUUCCAAUAGGAACAGACACAUAUUGAUGCUACUCAAGACACCACUGGAGACUGUCGCAUUUGUCAAGGAGAGAUUUUUCCAUUGGGCUUAAGCCUGAUUUGCCACAAUUAAAGUGCCAUCAGCAUUUCUGAUUAAUGGAAAGUCUAUCUGUACUUCAUAGAAGUCUAGAGAGAAGGAGAAAAAUGCAUAUUUUGGACACAGGUAUAUCUAUAUUAGAGCUUUAAAUAAAGUGUGGUAAUAUGGUAUUCACUGUAACCUGAACACCUGUUGGGGAAAAAAAUCUUAUUUUAUGACAUUGUAAUAAAAGAUUUUUAAAAGAAUGGGAACAUUCUGGCCUUUUCUGGCAGUGGGGAUGUAGCAUAAGAGAACCAAAUGGAUCUUGACCCUUUUUAAAUAAUAAAACCUGUUUGUUGUAUAGUU